AUGCCUAUACGCUGGACACCUGAGAAUGAUCGGAUUCUGCUCCUCAAAAUCCUUGAAACCCAUGCAAUCUCUCUGAACUACAGUGGGGUAUCUGCGGCCUGGCCUGCUGAGGACAACGAAAGGCCAACUCCUCGUGCCAUCUCUGAGCGCAUUUUCAGGCUCAGGCAAAUGGCCGGUGGAAAGCCGAGCGCUUCUGCAGCCGCAACUCCCACUCCCACCAAAGCAAAAUUGACCACUCCUGGUAGCCGUGGCGGUGCCCGUUCUCGCGGCUCUAGCAGCGCCAAACAGGCUGGUACCAAACGCAGGAACAACGUGAAAAGCGAGGACGACAGCGAGUCUGAUUUUCCCCUCAAGCGCAUCAAGAAAACUUCCAACGAGGUCACCAUGGCCGAUCUCAGCGCUCUCGAGGCGGCGACUCCAUCAAAGCGCAGCCGCAAACCCGCCGAACGUUUCAGUAUGACCGCCUGUUUGGAUAGCGGCUCCGAUUCAAAAGAUCUAAGCUACAGCUCCAUCGACGACGAAUUUGUUCCAGACGAAGUUCCGGCUCUGGCGUCAAUUGAACCAGAUAUGGAUCCUCUUUCAGAAGAUGCUUAA